UGCUGUGUUUUGUCAUUGACGGUGUUUACUCUUACGUUUGAAAUCUGCGAAUUCGCGUGUGUUCUGCGACACGUUACGUUACGUUACGUUAUAAUCAUCGUGUUCGUCCCUUGUUCAGACACCCUUGAAAAAUGUGUCGCGAUCGUAAAGUGUGGACCGGACUGGGGCACCGGUACUCUAAUGGAUGAACAAACCGGAACGUUCAUAACGUGCGCACAUGUUGUCGCAAUGGCGCCGGAAAAAAGGAUUAAACUUGCAACGUCACACGCCAAUAGAUACGAAUGGUUCGCAGAAGCAAAUUUAAUUUAUAAAACAUCAAACGAACAACCUUACGAUAUUGCUGUAUUGAAGAUUGAUCGAAAAUUCAAAGAACCUUCGAUGAAAGCUAUCAAACUUGCCGAUAGAGAUGCGCAGAAGGGGGAACAAAUACUUUCUAUAGGAUUUCCAAUCUCUUUGAAAGGACGACCCACUGUUAGUAGUGGAGUAGUAUCAAAAUCGUGGAAACAUAUGUUUCAAACCAAUUGUUGCGUGUACAGUGGCGUUAGCGGUGGGCCCAUUGUUCGACGCGCCAAUUUUGAAAUGUUAGGGAUAGUGGUUUGCAAUGUUGCUUUAUCGAACGAUUCUCUUUUAUAUCCACGAUUGUGCAUGGCAAUACCAACUGUUGUUCUGAAAAACCCGCUGGAUGAUUAUCUACGAACUGCCGAUCCUAAAGCGUUAGAAGCAUUGACACAGUAUGAUGAAAGCGUUGCAGCUACAUGGAAUUUUUGUCCUUUUCUUCCAUCAAACAUAUGAUAAAUGAACAAUUUGAUGAAUAAAUAACGUAAAUGGUGAACAAGGUAAACAUACGUACGUAAUACAAGUAUAAGAAAAUAAGCAUUGUAGACUGUUUUGAUGUACAGUGUGUAUUAUCAUGCAAGAUAUGUUUUUCUGAGUAAAAAUGUAUAAAUAUAUAAUCUAUAUAUAUAUA